AGCCCGUCGCCGGUGGAUGACGUCAGAGCAGCGACGUGUCAAUCAUGGCUGCCGAUAUAACAUUAUUAUUCAAAGCGAGCGUGAAAACGGUGAAAACGAGGAAUAAAGCGCUCGGUCUGAUCGAUUCAUCUAGCAGAGACGCGACCGGAGGAGCGAAGACACCGACACCGAGACCGAGAGACAGAGACAGCGGCGGGAGAACCAGAGAAGUGAUCUCUAACAUCUCGAAGCUGAAGGACUUCCUGCUGCAGCACAGGAAGGAGUAUGUGAACGCCGGCGGUGUGAUGUGUUCGGAUGUGUCUCGUAUGACGGACAGUAAGAGAGAUCAGAUUGACCAGGAUGCACAGAUCUUCAUGAGGACCUGCGCAGACGCCAUCGGCCAGCUGCGAUCUGACAUGGGCAAACAGGUGGUCUCAGCACAGGUGAGGGAUCAUCGUGCAGCAGUGCUGGAUCUGAUCGAGGCGUAUCUCAGAGGUGUGUGUAAGCUGUAUUCUGAACAGAGAGCUGUACGUGUGAAGAGAGUCGUGGACAAAAAGAGAUUGUAAGUAUAACACACGCACGCGCUCACUCAGACACACACACACACACACACACACACACAUGAAAAACAUCACUGUAAACACACAUCAUCAUGUCAUUCCUUCCGUUACACACUGUAACAUAUUUAAUUCUUUCAUUUUCACCUGUUAAACAGACGGGGUUAACCUUACAGUAGUGCUGCUCAACACUGAUCACAGAAUCCUUCAUCAUUUCAAUUAAGAUUAUAAUCAUUUAACUUUAAACCACAAAAUCAGACUUUCAGCACCUCUUUUACUUUGAGAUCGUGCUGAGGUUAAAUACAGAUUUAAAAUCAUAAGAUAUUGUUUAAUAGCUAUGAUACUGUUAUUAAAAUCAUACCUUUGCAUAGUUAUGACUGAAAACACUGGCAUCUAACAAUGCCUUAGAAAAAAAUAAAGCAUAUAUCAACCCAAACAUACUAAUAAAAAAAUUAAUAUAUAGCCUGAAUGCACUGAAUGCA